CUUUGCUCUCUGGAGAUCCCAUUCUAGUACUGGUGCACCAGCUCCAGCAGAAACAGCAGCUCACAGUGUUGAGGGAGAAAGCAAAGAGAGAGCUUCAGGAAAGCAAGAGGUUUCUGAGUGACCUGCUUCAGCACACUGCAGAGGAGUGCAGUGGCUCCAAAGACAUUUGUCCUUCAGUGCCAAGAGCAGACUGUGGAGAGCAAACACGCAGAGGACACCAAUCAGAAGGUGACAACAGAGCUGGCAGUAAUCAAGAGAUGAAUUCAGUGGAGCUACCUGCACAGAGGAUAGGAAGAGAUCAGAGUUCGGCGCACUCCAAAACGGUGGGAGAAAGAAAAGCCCUGGGAGGAAGGGGUCCACACUGCUCAGUGCUUCAGGAAGGCUCUUUGCCAGCAGAGCAGACCUCGAAUCUGUUGUCCCCUCUGAGUCUGCCCCACAGCGAGAGCUGUGCAGGGGACAGCUCUGGGGCGAGCAGUGAAGGGGCUGGCUCCGGCAGUCAGUGGAGCGCAGUCGGCCGGCACUAUGGAGGCUCCAGCACCUUCUGCCACUUUAGCCUGGCCAUGGCGGAGCAGUGCCUGAGGGCGGAAGAGCUGCGAGCUCGACACCAGGCUGCCCUCCUCAGGCUCCGCAAGAAAGCUCUCCGGGAGAAAGCCAAGGCUGAGCUGGCCUGGCUGGGCCACCAGAAAUGCUGUCUGGAAAACCUGCAAGACAGUAAGGGAGCCUCUGUCAUGGCUGCAAAGCAGCGCAAAAUCCUACUGGAGCUGAAACAGGAGCAGGCAGAAAUCCAGCACCUGCAAAACAUCUACAGGGCAGCCCAUCAGGAAAGAAAGCUUUUAUUAAAGCAGCAAAAAGAAAUCUUAAUGAUGAGACAUUCAACAGCUCAACUCCAGGAAAAGCUGCAUAAUUUGAGUGGGAAGCAGGAGGUUAAGUCACAGUCACUAAAUGUCUCGCUUACAAGGAGCCCAGCAACUGAAGAACCAACAGAGCUGAAGACAACAAGGCUUAAUUCUAGCUCAAAGUUCCACUCCUCUUCAGCAGACUCUACAGCCCACUCAGAAAGGCCUGAUCCAUCAGGGAAUAAACAGAGUUGUCUCCAGCUAAAGAAUAAACAAAGCAGGAAACAUGAGGGAUUUACUACUGAGAACAAGAAGCUACUGGCACAAUUUCAGACACAGGCAGAGAAGUCCUCAGGUUUGCAGCAGUCCCUUGAUGCGCAAGGUCCUGAUGCAUCUGAAAUGGUGGGCAAGAAAUCCUGUGAUGCUACUGCUCAAACCACAGGCUCAGUCUCUGUGCUUAAAGAUUGCAGAACCACAGUUAAAGAAGUGGAAGUGCCUGUCCCUCAUGAGAUCCAUCAGGUGCAUGGCAGUCAGCACCUGAAGCAUUUGGACCAUAUUUCUCAUGCAGCUUCUGAUGAACUGAAUUUAAAAGCAUUUCCCCAAGGAUUAGCUUCCACUGAAUCAUUGUGUGAAUCAGACAACUUCUCUUUGAGAUGUGAAAGUGCCAAAUCGGACUCUUCACUCCCAGAAUUUCAGAAAGUGUCUGCAGCUUGGAUUGACAUCUCAGAGAGCUCUACUUUAGACUCUGAAUUAGAGCUGAGAAAUGGAGAGGACACAGAUGUCAGUAUCCCAGAUGACUUUGUCUAUGACAAUGGUGCUGUGAUUCCUCACAUUUCAAAAGAGACUCUAAUUGAAAUAAGUAAUGGGAAGGAAAUGUCACCCAGUGACAAGCACCAUGAAUGUGAAGUGCCCAAAGAUGACAGCAUUGAGACUUUAUCACACUCCCAGAAAUGCCCUGGAGAUGUUUCAGAUCAUGGCUGCGCUGAUGAUUUGCUUCCCUUCAUUCCAUCAGACACAGCAAGUGCCUCCAAAGUGAAGCUAUCAGACUCCUUCCAAUCUGAUAAUCCUGCCAAGGAAGUGGAUGAGCCACAUCUGGAUGCCUCAGAAACCUACAGUGGAAACAAAACCUCUUCUCAGGAGAUCACAAAACAGGGUGAAGAUGUAGUUGCCAGCUCUUCGGGGAGUGCUGAUAUUUGCUCACCUAAGAUCUGUGAAGAGAAGCAUCUCAGUUCUACAACUAUCAGAGUGCAAGAGGAUGGUGGAAUUGACAAUUUUUCUGAGUAUCCACCAACAGGUUCUUUGACACAUCUAGAUCUGGGAACUGGCCCACUUAAGGACACUGACUCUUUGCCACCUGACAAAGAUACUGUAGAUAGCAAAGUAUUAGCAUGUCUACCUUCAAGAAAUAUACCAAUUUCAGAAGGCAAAAAUAAUCAUGCACAGCUUUUGAAUGAUAGACUCUCACCUAGUAAACUCUCUGCAUCCACACCAGGGAAUAUUGAGGAAGUCCAUACAGAAACCAAUUCAUCUGACUUCUUGCAAAGAGUGGCCACAGGAGAUCAGAGUAACUCAGCAACUGAGAGAGAAGCCAUAGAGGAAGCAAGGAGGGGACUGUUUUCUUCUGUCUCCUCAAAAGCCCAAUUGUUUCAAGUUUCAAGGAACUGCUCUUCCAAAGGUGAAGAUGAUUGCAUUAGAGAUGAGGGUCUCCCUCCAGCUGGUAGCUUGUCAGAAAUCCUGUCUCCUGUUGAUGAAGUGUUGUCCUAUGGAAGUGCUGACUUACCAUCCUCCAGCAAAAAGGAUUUGUCAUUCCCAAGUGAAGACCUUCCUCCUCCCCCUUUAGGUGCAGAGGUAAUGAAAAAUGAUGGUUCUACCUUCAGUACAGAUGAUUUCCCACCUCCACCAGAACAAAUGGCAGUCUCAGAGUCUAGGCAGAGUCUGGAUGAAGAUACAUCACUGAACAUGGAUGUGUUAUUACCUGAUAACACUAUGCCAGAGGAAUUUCCCCUGCUUAGUGGAGAGACAACAGAUGCUUUUUCAGCUCAAGAUGGUAGUCCCUUAGAACAAUCUUUAGUUCAAGGUAUUCCCAGUGCAAAGGAGCCCUUAUUAGAGCACCAACAAGGAGAACAUGAGACCUCUUCACAGCAUUUGGAGUUUCUAGCUGUGUCAGAUGCUGUUUCUUCUGGUCAGGCCAGUGCAAGUCCUGAUUUCAUCAUGAAACAAUGCAAAACAUGCUUAACACUGCCCAAAGCUGAGGAGGACAGUGAUGAUCCAUUACUAUCAUUUGAAAUUGGAGACAGAGUGUUAGUAAAGCAGACCCAGCCUGGAACCCUCAUGUUCAAAGGACGGACUUGGUUUGAUAGUGGCCAUUGGGCUGGUGUUGCACUUGACAAAGCUGAAGGUGCUCAUACUGGAACUUACAAAGGGGUGAAGUAUUUUGAGUGUGCUCAAAACUGUGGUGUCUUUGUCAGACCCAGUGAGAUUUCACACCUGAUAAGGGCUAACAAAAUGGGUUCCAAAUCCACUGGAGAUGAAGAUUCUGAUUCCUACGAUGAUGAAUCCUUCAAAGGAGAUUGCAAAUACUCUGACGAGCAGGAAGGAGGGCUUACAGAGAAGAAAGCAGAAGACACCUGCAGUGCAAGAGGAUCAGAAGUGAAAGAAAACCAGUCCAGGUUACACACUGCCUUGCCAUCUGGAAAAGGGCAGAAGCUUCCACAUUCUGACCAGUGCAAAUGCAACAAAUUUCCUUGUCAAAAUAACUUCACGUGCUUGGGAUCAGACAUGUUAAAACCAGAACUGACACAACUAAACCAAAGGAUCCUUGCAAAUGUGUUCCCAAUGAGAAGGAAGACUGGGAAACAUAACGAGGGGACCACAAGAAAAAAUCUUUGUUGCCUGAUAGAGGACCAGAAAAGAAACAAACUUGCUGAUGACAUUGCAAGUGAACUCUGUAAAAAACUUCUGCUUGACACGUUAAUUGCCUUUUCUGCAACAGCUCCACACAAAUUUAAAAGUGCCUUUGAAAAAGAUGUGAUGGAUUAUGGCAAAGGCCUAAGACAAGAAGACAAUCAGAGGCUGUUUCUCCUCAAAGAAAAUUCAGUUGCAGCCUUAUCUGAACAAUCAGCCAAGGUUUCUGAUGUGCUGCUGUGUGAUUUCGAUACGCCUGGCGUUCGUGGCUGUCACACAGCAGCAGAGAGAAUUGUAACUAAAUUCGUAGAUGAUGCAGUUAAAGAAUAUAAGAAGAUUAAAAGAAAACAUGGAUCAAAAGCAGACAAAAUAUUUCAUUCAUCUCCAGAGAUUUCUCCAGCCACGUUGCCACUCCUCAUCAAAAUCCUUGAUGCUGGUGUUUUUGGAAGCUCUGAAGACUUUGAUCAGCCUAAAUCUGACCAACAUGUACCUGUGAGACACACACAAAAGCAAUCCCUUUACAGAUUAGAUCAGUGGCACUCAGCUCCUUGGAAGAAAACUGUGGAAGUUCCUCUUGUGAUCCCACAUCACAGUUCAUAUGUUAAGAAACUGUCUGCACAUGCUGUAGAAAAAUUAUGGACCCCAGAAAACAUCUGCUCACGGUUCAGGAGAAUCAGUGUGCCAAAGCACUUUGAAUGUAAUGAUCCCUCAGGGAAUGAUUUGGAAGCAGAAAGCAAGAGGAUGUAUAAUCAGGUUAUAUUUGAUCUGACCUGUGAGUUGCUAUCUGCAGAGUAUCAAGUGACUGAAGGUACAACCACACUUCCAUGGAUGAAGGAAAAUUUGGAGUCUUACUGUUCCAGGCAUCUCUGCAGAACAGAUGUCAGUGAUGUCAAGGCAUUUGUUCAGGGUGAAAUUGUUAAACUAAUGAAUCUGGAAAAGAAUGACUUAGAAAUGAAAAGAAAAUUCCUUAAUGUGACCAAAUAUGGCAACUGUAAGAGGGAUAGAGUGGACCUUAUUCUGAUCCAAGAGCUCUGCAGAGAAGAAUCUCAGUGGACUUGCUAUGAUGAUGAUGAAUUUGCUGUGAAGAUGAGAAUGACUGAAGACAUAUUUGACAGCUUGAUCCAUGAUACAAUUAGAGUUCUCAACAAGAUUUACCUGAGAAAAGCCUCUGAUUAGAAGCUUGUUCCACAAGGCUCUGAUGGAGGAAUUUUCUUCUGAUUUUUUUAGGCAAGAAAUGCAUGAUUCAAACAUUUUUAUUGUGGCUUUGUACCCAAUACCAGCAUGGCCUCAGAUAAUUUGCAUCUUCAAGUUUACACUUGAAAGGAUGCAAGAGGAAAUGGAAAAAUAUUAGUUAAAAAAAAAGUUCUUCUUGUAGUUUUCUGCUUUGGAAAUGCUUUUAGGGUCAAUGCUCUUGGGCUGAUGUCACACAGAAUCUGAGGGGUGUACAUUUUAUUCUUAGCUGUGUUUUUUUUUGCUCAACAUAGCACAUUACUCACAUGCAUUUGAAGAGCAUAACGUGGUUUAAAAUAGUACACAGGUCUACACAAACAGGAUUCAAACCCAUUCUGUGUGUAAAUGAUUCUUUGUCAGCAUGUUCAGGCUGUGAGUGAUGACGAGUACAUCUGUUUUGAACAGUGUUAAGCCAGUUCUAGGUGACUGCUUUAAGAGCAUAAAUAGAUGGAAUUAAAUCUCCCAGAAAGCAAAUUGCUGUGGAUCUCUGCAGUCUGGAAUAAACUCCUCUACUUGGAACAAAACAUUUAGGGAUGGAUGCAGCAGAGUUAAAGGUGAUUUUGCACUGGAAGUAUUUGAUUUUUAAUAUGCUGUGGGACUGGUAGCCUGGAGCUGGCUUCAGAGAUGUGGCAUGUGGAAUGAUGUUGCCCUGUCAGGAUCCUGGAGCUAGUCAUUCCCUUUUAAUGUCUACAGCUCUAUGUCAAUGAGAGAAAUAGUGAUGUCAUGCCAUUUAAAUGGGAUAUUUUUUCUAUCAGAACUCACAUCUCUGAAAACUGAAUAUGUGCAUGUGAUUAGGUUAUUUAUCAUGCAGUUCUCAGGAGCUCUUUGAAUUCUUACAGCAUCCAAACACAGGGUGCUGAGGAUGUAUUUUUAAUUGGCAAAAUGGAGGAAAUCAAUAAGCUUCUUUUUGCACUGGCAAAAUGGGGGAAGAAAAAAAUCAACCUUACAAGAAGAACAUGUAAGCAUAACUUUUCUCUGUGUAUAUUGCUGUGGUCUCCCCUCUUUUACAAUGAGAUGAUCAACAAUAAAUAUUUUUUGAAUUGGUCAGGGGUUUUAACAUUAAACACCAUGCAAAUAUUUCUUACUGAAGCUCAAGCUGCUCAUCAUUCAAUAACUGAAUGUAAGUAGAUCUGACUGAGGCAAAUCACAUCCAUUCAGUCUGCCUUUGAAAUAAAAGCAAAACAAUUAAAUAUAAACUUCAUCUAUACUUGCAUUUAAAUGAAAAAAAAAAGACAAUCUGCUUUUGGUGGGUAACAAAAUACAUUUUCAGUUUCUAUUUUUAAAUACUGAUGGCUUAAAUCUUUUCAAUAGUGAAAUGUUUGUUUUCUGAAUAAAUAAAACAAACUCUGUGUA